AUGAGAAUCGUGGCGAGUAGAGCUGAGAAAAUUUGGAAGUUUUUUGCUCGUAAAAGUGAGAAAGAGGAAUUUUUUGCGGAAUCUUUUAAAACUGUAAAUUCCCAGAUUGGUCAAGCAAAUCGUUUUGAAUUUAUUUGUAAAAAGGAAAUUUUAAAUAUUGGCGAAAGGCCAAGAAGCAUAAAUGUACGUCUUAAUGAAGCAUAUGCAUGUCGUAUGUAUAUGCACAGUGUAGAAUUUUACACCAAAUUAGGAUCUGGAAGUAUGACCGAAAAUGAAGAGCUAGAGAGACAAAAGAAAUAUGACAUUAAAAAUGCGGCUUUUGAUUGUGAGUAUUACCUGAGCAGCUUGUUCAAGAAGAAGGGCCUUGACGAGUUAGUCCAAGUAGAAGAGGAUAUGGUGCAAAAUGUCAGAAGACUUGAUUCUGAAAUGCAGCAACUUGUCUACGAAAAUUAUAAUAAGUUUAUAACUGCAACUGGUACUGUGAAGAAGAUGCAGAAUGACUUUUCAGAAAUGGGGAGAUGUUUCAUGCUUUUUAAGGAGAUGGAAUCUCUAUCGAAGAAUAUGAAACAAAUCUCAGAUUUAUCGAGGAAUCUAUGCUCUGCUUUCGAAAAUCGUCGGGCAAAAAUAUCAGAUCUUUUUGAGACGAAUCGCACUCUUAAAAGUUUGCAGUUUAUGUUGGGACUUCCAGCUAAACUACAAGUAAUGAGAAAUUUUUGGUCUAACCAGUUGGACGUUGAGUUUUCCAGCUGCAAUUUAGUGCGGUUGACAGAAAUGGCGCUCCGUCAAAAAAGUUGUACAAAAGAGUUAUCAAAUUCCCUCGCAUUGCUGUUACGUCUGGGAGUUCCUUCUUCAAAUGUUCAGUCCCAGUUUAUGGAGAUAUGCGCUCGAAACUUGAAUGAACAGAUCGAUACUCUCAGUAAACUGAUUGAGUGUGAUAAAAGCAGUGUACGUUUGUGUCCGCAUUUACUAAGUUCUAUUUUACAUGUUGUUUCUUCAAAUCAGGGCGGCAAAGACGUAUUGGAAUUCGUAGAUGAUUCCUGCAGCACGUUUUUGGCUGAUUUAUCAUUGGUGGCAGCUCUAAAUAAGCGCCUUUUUCCAAAACAUGUAUCAGAUGAAGAACUGAUUGAAUUGUUUAACGGUGUCAUGGCCCGCUUUGAAACGUGUGUUCGCUCUCGUUUUCUCUGCGAGGUAGACGCUCGCGAGUGUGCUCUUGUAGUGAGAGCUCUUGAUAGGUUUUAUAGACGUUUAUCGUCAUGUAAUCAGCUCGUUUCUGGGGUAGAUUAUUCGCCUGUAAAUAUUUCUAUGUUGAAUUCUGUAUCUCGACAUGAAAUAAUCCUUGCUCGUGAAAGGAUUGUCGAACGCGUUAAUGCAGCAAUCUCACAGGUUUGUAGCGAACUUGCAGUUGCCGAAUCAUCUGCGCAAACUAAAGUGUUGAAUUUGAAUGAUAUGGUCGCUAGGCUUGAAAACGUAUUAAUCGUUCAGUUGAAGACUGCUUUGGCAUCUUUAUUACUUUUUACAGCUUCGGAUAUGACUUUUUCUUCGCUAGACCCUUUAUUGUUUUCUCAUCGAUUUGGUGUUGAAGUUCAUGAAGCGUUGAUGGUGGAGUCACUUGAGCAAGUUUGUCUACUUGGAUCUCAUUUACGCGAACGCAAUGCUCAAGGGACUAGUUUCAGCACAAAUUUGUACAUUUUAUUGGCACAAUUCUUCAUAAAUAUCGAAGCUCGUUCCUUAGAAUACGUAUUCGGUUUAUGUCAGGAACAGUUUAGGUUGGUUGAAGAAGCACAGAAAGGCGCAGAAUCUUGCUUGACUUCGAUCGAUAACGUCAGGUUCUCAUUUCGAAACACAGCGUAUAAUUUACUCAGACAUUAUGUAAACCGUCAAGGAAUUUUAAUCUCACAGCCGUUGGUUAGAAGCGUUGAAGGUAAAGACUGGUUAUCUUGUUCAGAACCGACUGCUGUUCGUGCAGCAAUGAAAAGCUUUCUCGAAGACUUAACUUCUCUUGACAGUUUAAUAAAGACAUUUAUGAAUGAGGGCGUUAAAAAGGAACGUGCAAGCGAAGGCCCUUCUUUACGUUCUCACACGAGAAGGAACCCUCCUAAUUUUGAUGCGUGCUCAAUAAGCUCAACGCUUGACAAAUUAUGGUCAGAACGGGUUGACUUUUGUGCAAAUGUUGAGUUCAAUCGGACUUCUGUUUUGACCGCCUUGGUAAACAUUACUAUGAAAUCUCUCCUUGAAAGUGUUCGCUUGCAAACAUUUUCAAAGUUUGGUCUUCAACAAAUACAGGUCGACUGCUCGUUUCUCCAACAGCGUUUGUGGCGUUUUAUUUCAGACGAUCAAGGGACGGUCUCUUUUAUUGAUGAAAUAAUUUCGUCUGCAAUGCACCGCUGCAUAGAUGCGAAGUUGCUUAAGCCUAUCACGGUAUCAGAAAUAUGUGAGAAGCAAUAA